AUGAGCUUUGAGGAGCUGCUGCAUCAGGUGGGCGCCUUUGGGCCCUUCCAGUGGUGGAAUGUGGCCCUACUGGCCCUGCCCCGGAUGCUGCUGCCCCUGCACUUCCUCCUGCCUGUCUUUCUCGCUGCUGUGCCUGCCCACCACUGUACCCUGCCUGAGGCCCCUGACAACUUCAGCCACCAGGACGAGUGGCUAAAGGCCUACCUGCCCCUGAAGUCCGAUGGCACAUUCAGUUCCUGCUUCCGUUUCUCCCACCCCGGCCCCCUCUCCAACACCACAUUGGAUGAAAGAAGACAUAGCCCUGGGGAGCUUACAGGGGAGCCGCUCACAGUGCCCUGUCCCCAGGGCUGGGAGUAUGACCGCUCAGAGUUCUCCUCCACCAUUGCAACGGAGUGGGACCUGGUGUGUGAGCACAAAGGCCUGAAUCGAGCCACAUCUACCUUCUUCUUCGCUGGCGUGCUGGUGGGGGCUGUGGCCUUUGGAUACCUGUCGGACAGGUUUGGGCGCCGCCGCCUGCUACUGGUAGCCUAUGUCAGUACCCUGGUGCUGGGCCUGACAUCUGCAGCCUCCAUCAGCUAUGCCAUGUUCGUCAUCACUCGCACCCUCACUGGCGCUGCUCUGGCUGGCUUUACCAUCAUCGUGAUGCCACUGGAAAUGGAAUGGCUGGAUGUGGGACAUCGCACUGUGGCAGGUGUCCUGAGCAGUACCUUCUGGACUGGGGGUGUCAUGCUGCUAGCACUGGUCGGGUACCUCAUCCGAGACUGGCGAUGGCUUCUGCUGGCUGUCACCUUGCCUUGUGCCCCAGGCAUCCUCAGCCUUUGGUGGGUGCCUGAGUCUGCCCGCUGGCUUCUGACCCAGGGCCGUGUGGAGGAGGCCCACAGGUACCUGCUCCGUUGUGCCAAGCUCAAUGGACGGCCUGUGGGUGAGGACAGCCUGAGCUGGGAGGUCCUAAGCAAGAUAGCCACCAGGGAGCGGGUGUACCGAAGACCUUCAUACUUAGACCUGUUUCGAACACCACGGCUCCGACACAUCUCACUGUGCAGUAUGGUGGUGUGGUUUGGAGUAAACUUCUCCUAUUAUGGCCUGAGCCUAAAUGUGUCUGGGCUGGGACUGAACGUUUACCAUACCCAACUGCUGUUCGGAGUCGUGGAAUUACCUUCCAAACUGCUGGUCUAUUAUUCGGUGCGCCACGCGGGACGUCGUCUCACGCUAGCCGGAACGCUGCUGGGCACAGCCCUUGCUUUGGGCGCCAGGAUAUUGGUGUCCUCGGAGAUGGGCCUAUGGAACACUGCAUUGGAGGUGAUAGGGAAGGGUUUUUCUGAAGCUGCUUUUACCACUGUCUAUCUGUUCACGUCGGAGUUGUACCCUACCGUGCUCAGACAGACAGGGAUGGGGUUGACUGCACUAGUGGGCCGGCUGGGGGGCUCUUUGGCCCCACUGGCAGUCUUGCUGGAUGGAGUGUGGCUAUCAUUACCCACGCUUACUUAUGGGGGGAUUGCCCUGCUGUCUGCUUGCAUCGCUCUCCUGCUGCCAGAGACAAGGCAGGCACAACUGCCGGAGACCAUCCAGGAUGUGGAAAGGAAAAGCUGCUCAUCCAGCCUUCAGGAGGAAGAGAUGCACAUGAAGCAGUUCCAGGACUAA